AUGACUUUCUCGACGUUUAGGAAAGACCAUGGAACUCUUCAAGCUAUGAUCGGAUCUGAUUUCAACGAGCUCACCAUGGCUGCUAAGAAUCUCGCUAAUCACACCUUCACACUCACUGGUCUAGGCAUUGGUACUUCUAUCUUCGAAUGGAUUGCUUCAAUCGCAGCCAUAUACUUGUUGGUGUUGGAUCGUACCAAUUGGAAGACGAAUAUGCUCACUUCACUUUUGAUCCCUUACAUCUUUUUCAGUCUUCCUUCCAUUAUCUUCGGUCUUUUCAGAGGAGAAAUUGGUAAAUGGAUUGCUUUCGUAGCUGUUGUUUUGCAACUCUUCUUCCCUAAACACUUCAAAGAUUGGUUUGAAUUGCCUGCGGCUGCGAUUCUACUCAUCGUGGUUGCUCCAGGACUACUCGCCGGUACAUUCAGAGACAAUUGGAUCGGUUUAGCUAUAUGCUUAGGUAUUGGAUGUUACUUGCUUCAAGAACACAUUAGAGCUUGUGGUGGAUUUAGAAACGCCUUUACAAAAGCUAAUGGCAUCUCCAACAUUGUCGGAAUCCUUUGUCUUGUUAUCUUCCCUGUCUGGGCUUUCAUCUUUUAA